ACCACUUUUGCUGUCUGCAACAGGUUCCCAAAGGAAAGCAGAAAGAGAGCAAAACAGCCAGACAGCAUAAAGCAGUGGACUGAUUAAGACAGUGUUAUCAUGCAGAGAUUCAGCAUCUUCCUGGUGGUGGUGUGUCUACAAGUUUGGGUCCCCUUUGUGUUUUCUGCACCAACUCAGUGUCCAAGCCAAUGCCAUUGCCAUUGCCAUGGGGACCUGCAGCAUGUUAUCUGUGACAACAUUGGUCUUAAGAAGAUCCCUCACAUAUCUGAGGUCACUCGCCUUCUGAACCUCCAAUGGAACAACCUGGGAAACCUCUCCACCGGGGGCUUCAGCGAGAUGAAGGGGCUCAUCUCUCUGCACCUGCAGCACUGUCAGAUCCGAGAGAUCUCCAGCCAGGCUUUUAAAGGGCUGAAGAAACUUAUCUACCUCUAUAUGUCUAGCAACGAGAUCAGCACUAUCAAACCAGGUGCUUUUGAGGACCUAACCGAACUUACCUAUCUCUACUUGGACGGCAACCACAUCUCAAGCCUUCCGAAAGGCAUCUUUUCUCCCAUGAUCAACCUGUUUACCUUGCAACUUGACAACAACAAGCUCAGUGAUCUGCAACCAGGUACUUUCACAGGUGCAAAAGAUCUCAGAUGGCUUUAUAUGAGUGGCAAUGAGUUGAGCUCCAUGCAGCCAGGGUCUCUUGACGAAGUGGAGAACCUGGCCAUUCUAACCCUGGACCGUAACAAGCUGUCCACCUACCCUCUACUGGCUAUGGGCAAGCUGCGUGUUAUAGAGGAACUCAACCUAUCCAAGAACCCUCUCAGCUUCAUCCCUGACCACGCAUUCCAAAGUUUUGGCCGCUACAUGGAGAAGCUCCAUCUAAAUGACAUGGGCCUAGAGAAGUUCUCCAGUGCUGCCUUAGAGGGAGUGACUGCUCUCAAAUCUUUGCACCUUGAGAACAACAAGCUGAAGUCCCUCCCGAAAAGCCUUGAGUUCUCUACCCUCCAGAAUAUCACUCUGUUUAAUAACCCAUGGAGCUGCACCUGUCAGUUAUUUAACCUCAGAAAAUGGAUGGACACUAGCCGCCAUCGUCCUGAUGCAGUUUGUGCUUCCCCUGGUAGCCAGAAAGGAAAGCAAAUAAGAGACAGCACAGCUUUCACCCGCUGCAAGACAAAGAGGGGAAAAAAGGGAGCACAGCUUUGAAAUGGAGGACAGAUAGUAGCUUGUCCUGGCGAUGGGAAAUAAUUUGCAGGAAGAGAAAGUAAUGCAAACUGCUACAUUGGAACUGUCCAUUUCCUCUCUCACCCUGUUUUUGUGUGGCAUAUACAUGCGCAGACUCAUUUCACACAAAAUAACAUUAAAAGUGCUAAUGUGCUUUUCACAGACACUGACACACAUCCAGAAGCAGCAACUGUGUUCAAAUGCAAAGUGACUCAAAGUCUGGAAAUAAUUGUCAUUUUUUAUAUUAAUUGAAUAUGUUAUUGCUCUCUUAAUCUUACACCAGUGUUAUACUCUCAGUAAUAUCUCACACUCAUGCCAUCACAAAUGAGUAUGACUUUCUAUAUUUUGCUGAACAAAGAAUAUUUAGAAGAAUAUCUCAACUCUGUAGGUCCAUACAAUGGAAGUGAAUGGUGACCAGAACUCAAAAAGCUCAAAAAAAGGAGAUAAAGUCAGCAUAAACAUAAUCCAUCAGACUGUAGGUAUUUAAUGAAUGUCUUCUGAAGUGAUCUAGUUGGUUUUGGGUGAGAACAGACCAAGAUUUACUCCUUUUUUUACUCCAGCAGUCUCCUUGGCAAUGUGAUUUCAAUCGAGCUUGAAAUCAUGAUUGUGCCUAAAGACUACAAUUAUAUAAUGUAAAGAGAAAAAGGAGUUACAUUUUCAUCUUUUCUAACCAAAAACUGAUUGGAUCACUUUAGACGACAUUGAUUUAUAGUAAAAAAAAAAAAAAUUAAAUAUUGACCCGUUUCUCACCCACACCUCUGAAGAUAUGGAUUAACCAAUGGAGUCUUAUGGAGUUCUGCAGAAUAAAGAAAGUCAUACACAUCUGAGAUGGCAUGAGGGUGAGUAAAUGAUGAGAGAAUUACACAUUUUUGGUGAACUAUCUCUUUAAAUGUUCAUGUUUCAGAAUUGUGGGUUCAUUUUAGCUUUAUAGGUUUUGAAACUCCCAACAAGGAAUUUCUGAGUCUUUGCAAACAUAUCAAACCUAAUUUGGCCUUUUUAACUGACACAUAUUCAAGAUGUGAUUUGAGCUGACCUCUCCUUUACAUCUCUGACCAUAGUCAAAUGCAACAACAUCCAAGAAGCCAAGGACUUCCUUUCUUGAAGCCAUGAAAAAGUAAAAGGGAGAAUGUAGACACUAUGUGAAAUUAACUGAUGGUGGUGAAAGAAGAUGUGGAUUUAAGUUAAGUGGAAAAAUUAGAAGGGAAUAAAACAUUUUUGACAAACGGUGGUUCUCCAGCCUAACUUGAUCAAUUUGUUGUACUCAUGAUGUACUCAUGCUCAAUAAAAGACAA